CUCUCUCUCUCCUCCACCUUUCAUCUCACUCUAAAAAAAAAGCUCUAUCAAAGUCUCAAAUGGAAAAAUCUCCUAACCACAACGAUCAAGAAUCCUCAAGGAGCUCAUCAGGCACCGAUCAAGAAGUGGAGCAGCCCGCGGACUACGUGGCCGCGGGGCGGUCCUACGAGUGCGUGUUCUGCAAGCGAGGGUUCACCACGGCCCAGGCGCUGGGCGGCCACAUGAACAUUCACCGAAAAGAUAGGGCGAAAAACAACCGGCCGGUCGGCCCGGUACCCGCUUUGAUCCACUCGAACAAUCACCACCCGCAGAUGAAUUACCACACCAACCCCAUCAACAACAUAAUCUAUAACCACCCGGUUUCGGGCUACGUCCCGCCGCCGUUUGACUAUUAUUCCUCUGCUGCGGCUCAAACUCAUCAUGAGCCGCAGCAACAUAGUAAUUAUAGGGCGUACUAUCCAGCGUCCACGUCCGACGGUGGUCCAAGGAUCCCGCAGUUUGGAGAAGAUUGGCGCGUGGGUUUGAGCUUGCAAUUUGGUGGUUCGGCGAGUCGGGAAGGUGGUGAUGAGGAGGAGGAAGAGGAGGAUAAGGGGAUGAACAGAGGUGGAGAUGAAGAUGAUGAUGAAUUGGAUUUGGAGCUCAGGCUUGGGUACAAUCCUUAGAAGCAAGAACGAUACUAAUUAUGAUAAAAAUGUUCUUUUGUACAGGGCGUCGGGCAAAUGCUACGUACAAUACAAACUCGUAAUAUAUCAGUGUAUACGGUAUGCAUCCUUUUGAAAUUUAUCUUGAAUCCACAACAUCUAUAUAGAAAUUCUAAUUGCUUUUAGCAUAAAUUUAUAACAUAAAGUGAGUUGACUCAGAUUACUUCAACUUAUUUCUGAGCCCAUACUUAUGUUAUAAUUUUAUGAGCAAAUACUACUUCUUGAUUCAAUAAUUUUAGUCCAUUACGAAAAGUCGUUUCAUUUUUCAGAUUCAAAACAUAAAAGAUUUUUUUGUGCAUAACUCCUAAUUUCUUUCCGUUCAAAUUUGAAAAAUCAACUGAGAUGUUUAAAUUUGUGCAAAAACAAUAAAUUACACUACUUUUCGCAAUGAACCAAACUAAAGGAUGAAGGGAGUUUUGAAUCAGAAA